CGCACAAAGUUGUUGCAGAGUUCGGAUGGCCAGGAACGGUGCACACGCCAUGCCGUAGGUCACCGUCUGCAGCUCGUACUCUCCGAUCUCGUCCGUCUUGUUGUGACGCCACAAGAUUGUUUGGAGACGGCAGUCCUCAGGAUGUACGAGGAUUUGGCGGUACAUCUUCUCGAUGUCGGUGACGAAGACGUACCGGUGCCAACGCCAUCGCAGCAACACGUCGGUGAGCGCUGGCAGAAGGUUUGCCCCAGUCAGCAGCUGCGAGUUGAGCGAAGUACCGGCCCGUGUGCGCUGAGAGCCGUUGAACACGACUCGGAGCUUUGUCGUCGUGCUCGAUUCCUUCAGGACCCCGUGAUGCGGUCCUCGUAUUCCUGCUGCAUAGCCGUGAUAGAGGUCGCCAAAUCGAAGAUCUCGGCUGCCCUUGGUCUCCAUGGCUUUCAGUAG